AUGGGCGCCGGCGGCCUACCGGGCCCCGUGGGUUCUGCGGCGGCCAUGUGCCAGCCCGUGGGCAUCGGCGCCCUCGACGGCGCGAUGCACGGCGCGGCCGACGGCAUCGACCGCACCGUCCUCCUCGAGCUGGGGCUCGCCGCAAUGGAGGAGCUCAUGAAAGUGGCACAGAUGGACGAGCCGCUCUGGCUCCGCAGCCCCGACGGCGGCGGCGGCCGGGAGAUGCUCAACUUCGACGAGUACCACUGGGCGUUCGCCAGGGUGUUCGGGCCGAGCCCCGCCGGCUACGUCUCCGAGGCUACCCGCGAGGCCGGCAUCGCCAUAACCAGCAGCAUGGACCUCGUAGACAGCCUCAUGGACGCGAUGCACGCGGAGCUGCAGGUGCUGUCGCCGAUCCGUGAGGUGCUCUUCCUUCGGUUCUGCAAGCAGCACGCCGAGGGGCUGUGGGCCGUGGUCGACGUCUCGGUGGACGCCAUCCUCCGCCCCGACGGCGGCAACCACCACAGCCACCACCACCACGCGCAGAACGGCGGCGGCGCCGCCGGGUACAUGGGCUGCCGCCUGCUCCCCACCGGCUGCAUCGUGCAGGACAUGAACAACGGCUACUCCAAGGAGAGGCAGGUCAAUGCUCUCCAGACGUGUGCGAGGCAGUUUGGUCUCCGUGCCGUCUGCGGAGUGCGGAGGCUCAGACGCGGUGGCCGCCGUCUGACCUGCAGCGAGCUUGACCUGUAG